AUGUUUGGCUGGUCGCCGCCAAAUAUUCUGGCGACUUUAGCACUAUUUCAUUCUCUUCUCCUUCACCUUAACUUGUCGCCAAUACAAGCCAAGCCGUACCCUAAACAAGAUCUUCUGAGUACAUAUACAACAGGUAAUCUAGGAGGCUUGAAUGAAGGAGAUUGGCCAGACAAUAUAAACUAUAAAAAUGGCGACCAUAUAGAGAGGGACAAGCGAAGUCCAACCGAAGUCGAGGACGAGUUGCCAAAGAGUAGUUAUGAACAACUGUUGACUGUAGAGCCUCAAAAGAGACAGGGUAUUGAAACACCCAUACAGCCUUUGACUUCAGAUUCUGUUGUGGAUAAAGAUACUUUAUUGCACUUAAACACUGAAGAGAAUGUCCGCUCUAAAGUCGACCAGCCAGAAAGCGAAUCGAUUGGCGUCCCAGUUGAGGAAGAGAAAAAAGGCUCUGAUAAUGGAGCCACUGACAGUUCUGUUGCUGAUCAUCGGCAAGGGUCGAUGGAAAACUCCGUCAGCAGUAAAUCAAAAUCAGAGGAAUUAAAGGAAGGAGAGGAUUCUUCCAGUAAGGAAAAUGAGAACAAUGUUCACAAAAAACAAGAAGAAAGUGGGGAACUGCAAACGGAAAACAAUGGCGUGAACGAUAAAGCUGAUUCAAGUAGUGAUAAUGUAAAUAGUAGUGGACGUUCUGCAGAGAAAAACAGUGCAAACGUUCAGGAAAGCAAGACAACAGUAAGUACGGUAGUUGAUGAAAACGCACAGGUGCGAAGUGUUCAGGAUAACGCUGACGAGAGUAAAACGAUGGGAAGUCUUCCUAACGACAAGAACGCUGUCAAAUUUCCGGGGUCUCCAUCACAGUUAGGAAAUAGUGUAGCUAAAGCCGUUAUCGUAGGCAAGCAAGCAAGUCCACAGGAAGCUCAAACAUUAAUCAAAGAAAAUGUCAAUAAACAGGUCAGUGGUGAUGAAACUAAGACCCCCACUGAGAAAUUAGAAACGCAAGUCACAACAGCUACAUCAGGUGAACAAAACGCCGCUUCUGCACUGGGACGCAAGGAGAAUUUGUCAACGAAAACGCAAUCAUCAUCUCAAGAAAGCGAAGCAGCAAUACACACCGUGCCUCAAAUUCAAAAUGCACCGGUAGGACCAAUUCGAGAUGCCUUAGGAAACAGUGGAUCGGAAAUUGUGAAAACUCGAGGCGCUUCUGAUCUUGAUUCAUAUGCUGAAAGGGACGGCGAAGCAAAACCAUCCAAUGGGCCUGAAGUGGGACAUUUUCAAGUGGACGAUAAAUCCGCCGAUUUGGAAAUAAACGCAAAUUCUGCCGGUGUAAAAGUCAAAGCCAAACCUGCUUCUUUACAGGUGGUCUCACGCCCAGGUUCUCAUUCUGCGUCAGCGGCUGCACAAGAACGAUCUUUUUACCACCAUUACCAUUAUCCACCAUACCAUCUCCAUCACCACUGGUAUCCUGGCAUGCGAAGAUCGUACGGACAUUUCCAUCGUCGUCAUUUUUACAAUCCAUACCACUCUUAUCCUGAAAGGCGUGGUUUUGAAAGUUUUUACGACGACGCACCAUUUUAUCGCCGUCAUUUGCAUUAUUGGUACCCUCACCAUCAUCGCCACCAUUUUCGCGAUUCUUACUUAUAUGAGAGGUCGCGAAUGGAGGAGCCGGAGGAAUAUCCCGAGCAUCAUGGUCGCAGGCGUCACAAAAGGCGUUUCCGACACAUGAACGGUCCAUUUAGACGACAGUUUUAUAAUAACAUACCGAUAAUGAAUGGCAUGGAAUCGCCGCAGAUGGGUAUGAUGCCUGAAGAGGGGACAAUGCCACAGCUUCCGAUUGGAGGGGGAAUGCCAUUCACCCAACGACAGAACAUAAUAACACCAAUGCCUCCACCCAUAAACGUUGCUGGUAAUCCACCACCUGGUCUACUCGGUGGAGUGAAUCCACAAAAUUUUAUGAUGAAUGGAAUGAACGGACUGAACAAUUUUAAUAGUGCAAAUCAAAUGAACAAUAUAAACGCUUUUGGCGGUAUCAAUGACAUGAGCAACAUGGGUACAGCAGGCCUUAAUUCUCUAGGGCCUAUGGGAGCAAUGGAAGGUUUACCAGGAGGAGUUAAUGGUGGUAUGCAAGGCAUGGCGCCUACCAACGAAAUCCCUGUAAGAUCACUAGGUGCUAGGAAUGUUAAUUCACCUUCUGAGGCUCCAAGGAUGGCCUUUAAGAAAACUAAAAUUCUGUCGGGUAAGAAAAAUGAAACAGACAAACACGAUACUGGAAAGGCCCCACUGUACAAACAGCAUGGUGCGGGGAAGGCAAGCAAACGGAAAGUGAAUAUCAAAAGUUGGGAGAAAACUUUAAAACGAUAUCACCGACUCAACGUAUUUACUUCACGAAAACACGAGCGACAUCAAUACCGAAGAAAUGCCAAAUCCGACGAAAAGAAAAAUGAUACAAAGAACCAUAGCCUGUCGCACCCACACGCACAGAAGCCAAAGGAAGUUAAAGGAAAUCGUAAAAAUUCAAUUGUCAUGCACCGUCCUCCUAUCAUUUAUCACCCGCCACCUGAGAUAUAUCACAGACCAGAUAUUGUGGUUCAUCGAGCACCAAUUAUGCUACAUCGACCACCAAUAAUUUAUCAUCAGCCUCCCGUAGUCGUUCACCGACCAGCAAUAAUAUAUCACCAACCACCGAUAGUAUUCCAUCAGCCUCCGCCAGUUGUUCAUCAGCCAAUCUUACACUCGCAUGAUACUUGGGUUACAAAGCCAGUGGUGUAUCACACAGCAUCAAUGGUUUCCCAUGCGAAGACAUACUAUGGAAUUCCAUCCCACGUGUACUCUGGUGACUAUGGAGAGGGAUGUCAUGGGGCACAUUGCUCUUACAGAAAAGGAAAAGUACCACAUCAAGCUAAGAACAGCACACAACCAGAUCAUUUCAAGAAAACAAAGCGUGAUAGUUUGGGCGAUUACAUGGCUUAUUUCACAAACUUGUGGAAACCAAAGGUCUUAAAAAAGAGAGAAAUCUAUGAUCAAUAUGACUUUAUUACGUCAACUGAGGGGUCCAAGGAAAAAUUAAGCUACAAAAAUAUGGACGUCGAGGUAGUAAAUAAAAGAGACACCUCGUCAGAGCGCAUUAAAGGGAAACUUAAGUUAAGAAGGGAAACAGAACAGGACGACGGAGACGAUUCCAAAGACGGCACACAAAACAAAAAGAAGAAAGACGUAGUUGUCAAUCGCCCUCCAAUAAUUUAUCACCCUCCACCAGAGAUUUAUCACCGCCCAGAUAUAGUCGUUCACCGCCCUCCCCUUGUGAUACACAGACCACCCAUUAUCUACCAUCAGCCACCCGUAAUUGUUCAUCGGCCGGCCGUGGUGUAUCAUCAACCGCCAAUUGUUUUUCAUCAACCACCUCCUGCUGUUAGUCAACCGCUUCUAUAUUCGCAUGAUUCUUUCACUGUCCAUCCAUCAUUUUAUGCAACGCAUCAUGGCUCUGUUGUACGAGAUUUUGGACAUUACGUAGGGGUGCCUAACGUUAUUACAAAUUACGGAAAUCCACUGUUCGGAAGACCCCCGCCCAUAGGAAAAAGAUCAAAAAUAGAAGGUUCUUCUUCGUCAGACAGUAACAACAUUACAGCAGUUGCCUCGAAAAAGACCUCCUUUGAGGACAACAGUAAGAAAGCAAAGAAUGAGACAAACGAAAAAGCAGGAAAAAAGAACACUGUGAUAGUGAGACGGCCUCCAAUAAUAUAUCACCCGCCACCUGAAAUUUAUCAUCGCCCAAUAAUUGUUGUCCAUAGACCUCCAAUUAUGAUUCACCGCGCACCGAUAUUUUAUCACCAGCCACCCGUUGUUGUGCAUCGUCCAGCAAUAGUGUAUCACCAGCCUCCAUUGGUAUUUCAUCAGCCGCCACCAAUGGUUCAUCAGCCAGUGCUAAAGUCCCAUGAUACCUGGAUUUCUCACCCAGUGGUGGUACCUUACUCCUCGCGAGUGCUGCAUCAUCACACAUACGUUGGCGUUCCAGACGCUUACACCGUUCAUCACUUUGGAGGAGGACACGGAUACUCAUUUUACAAGUCACAUAUUUUGAAACACACCAAAUCGUUAGAAGAGGAAGCAUCUGCACGAAACAAAAUAAGUGGUGAUACCAACUCAACAAAGCUAGAGGAAGAUUCCUCCCACAAACCUUUUCACGAAAGAAAAGAAAACGUUACUUCACGUCUGACAACUAAAAAGGCAAAGAGCCAAAAAGGAGGAAAGAAAAACGCAGUUAUUGUGAGACGCCCUCCGGUGAUUUAUCACCCUCCACCAGAAAUUUAUCACCGGCCAGAAAUAGUGGUUCACCGUGCUCCUAUCGUUAUCCACCGAGCUCCAAUUAUCUACCAUCAGCCACCAGUUAUUGUGCACAGGCCAGCCAUUGUAUACCAUCAGCCGGCUCUUAUUUUCCACCAACCUCCGCCUGUAGUACACCAACCAGUAUUCAAGUCACAUGACACUUACGUCCACAGACCUUUGGUGAGACUAUACGGAUCUCGAAUGCAUCACGUGGGACACCUGUAUCAUAUACCACAUGCAUAUUAUCACGGACACGGCGGAGGUGUUCAUUACAUGGCUUAUGGAAAAUCCAAGGUACCUGCGAAAGAAAAGACUGAAGAAGAAAAGGGGGAAACAAGGGCCACUGUGAAGGGCAAGAGAGGUCACAAAAAGUCGAAGCCAGGGAGAAAAGGGCAUCGCAUUAGACGAAAGCAUAUUCCUCUCACAAGGAGCAAAGACAAAACAGAAACAGGAACGAAACUUCACAAAAGUCAUAGUUUCCCGGUGAAAUAUCACAAGGCAAAGGAGGUUACAGAGAAAGCAAACAAAAAGAACUCCGUAGUCAUUCAUAGACCACCUAUCAUCUACCAUCCACCACCAGAGAUUUAUCACAGACCCGAUAUUGUUGUACACCGUGCUCCUAUCGUACUUUAUCGUGCCCCAAUUAUCUAUCAUCAGCCACCAGUAGUGGUUCACCGUCCAGCCAUUGUUUACCAUCAACCUCCCAUAGUUUUUCACCAACCACCACCAAUGGUCCAUCAACCAGUUCUGCAUUCACACGAUACCUGGGUUACUAAGCCUGUUGUUAUUCCCUAUGCUUCACAUGUCCGCCACGUAGCAACAUACAAGGGUGUUCCUCACGAAGAGAUAUUUAUGCAUGGGAUUGGCACUGGAGCUUUCGGAAAAUCUCAUGUCCCCAUGAAAGCCACCCGUAGAGACAAAGUUCAUAGGGUUGAGGAAAAUGACCAAGACUCUGGCGAGAAAACGAAGACAACAACAGAAUCUGAUACGCCGACCAAUGAAACACAAAGUAACAAGACGGAGCAUGCAGAUGGUGCAAAGCAAAAUAAGGAGAACAGUGCUAAACUUGGAGCGGGAGAACGAAUUGCGCGAGCAUUGUCUGAUUCGUUGAUCCAUAAGCAGUGGGAGACACGUAGUCCUGUUGGGGCCCAAACUAGAAUUCAGAGAAGCCUUCACAGCUUGCUUCCAUACUUCAGCGACCCAGUGGAAAGUGGGUAUUCUAGUGAAUUUUCCUUGUCUCCCCAGCGACACACCGUUAUUUCGGGGGAAACAGCAACAAGAAUCCAACGCUCCAUCGACGAUGUUUGGAGUCCUUACACAAAACCGCUGACCAGCAGCGUUAACAGUCGUAUUGGGGCCAGUGCAAGGAUACAGCGAGCAUUAGAAGACCCUCGGACAACAUUUGAAGGUGAGACAGCUUAUGAAAUGUAUAAACGUAGUAGUGAGGAAACUCAAACCUCUACACCUGACGAAAACGCAGACAAAAACACCAAUAGCACCAAAAAGACACUACUAAUAAUUCACAGGCCACCAAUAUUGUAUCAUCCACCGAGCCAUAUGAUUCAUCGACCUUCAAUAGUUGUUCACAGGCCAGACAUAAUAGUCCACCGUCACCCAAUCGUCUUUCACAGACCACCAAUACUAGUACAUCGCCCCCCUAUCAUAAUUCAUCGUCAACCAGUCCUUAUACACAGACCACCCAUAAUAGUUCAUCGCCCUCCAUUAGUAUUUCACCGGCCACCAAUAAUAAUUCAUCGUCGUCCAUAUAUCAUUCACCACCACCCAAUACUCUUCCAUCGACCGCCAAUUAUAAUACACAAGGGACCGCAAAUGAUAGUUCAUCAUUCCCACCUGAUUCAUCACUAUCCUAUGCAUAUGAUUCACAUGCACUGCCCUGGUUGUGGCUAUGGGAAAUCCACCGUUGCACGAAUAGAAGAUAAAAGUACUGAGAACGACAUUAUGAAAACAUCACAAUCUGACCAAUCAUUUAAAGACGCUACUAACGAGGAUUCCAAAGGCAAAAGUUCUAACAAGCCGAAACGCUCUGUUGCAGACAAGAAGUCAAAGAAAAGCGCUGUGGAAACAGAUCACGACAGAAAGAAAAAAGAUAGCCGUAAGAAGAAGAAAGAUGUGGUCGUCAACAGGCCUCCUAUUAUCUACCAUCCACCACCAGAGGUAUACCACAGACCAGACAUUGUUGUACACAGAGCUCCUAUUCUUAUCCACAGACCACCUAUUGUCUAUCAUCAGCCUCCUGUUGUUGUUCAUAGACCUGCAGUCGUUUAUCAUCAACCUCCAAUCGUCUUUCAUCAACCUGCUCCAGCCGUUAACCAGCCUGUCCUGUAUUCACAUGACAGUUUUGUUGUUCACCCAAUGGCUUUUGCAUCUCACAUGGGUUCCGUUGUAAAUGACGCCGGCCAUUACGUAGGCUUACCCCAUGGCGGGGUCACCAACUAUCCGGGCAACAUCCCUCACGGUCCAACGGGACACAUGUUUCCCACGCUAAACCAAGCACACUGGGCUCGAAGAACAGAAGUUUCAAAACCACAGGGCGCAAAUCCUGUAAAGAACAGUGACCAAGGGCACCUAGAACAUCAGAAGUACACUAAUGAGUUAAAAGACGACGAACGUAAACAUUUAGGGAAAGUCCAUGCCACACCAACACAGCAAAAAAGCAAGCAUACCAAAGGAGAGAGAAAGAAUAAAGUCAUCGUCGCACGACCUCCUAUGAUCUAUCAUCCGCCUCCUGAGAUUUAUGACCGGCCAGAUAUCGUAGUGCACAGACCAGAUAUUGUAAUUCAUCGACCCUCGAUCGUUUACCACCAGCCAUCUGUAGUCGUGCACAGAGCACCGGUGGUUUAUCAACAGCCUCCAGUAGUGUUUCAUCAGCCCUCACCAAUGGUUAGUCAGCCAAUUUACAAUGCCCAUGAUACCUAUGUAGCUCACCCUGUGUUUCACCCACAAGUCAGCCACAUAGCACACUCCUCAACAUAUGUAGGAGCGCCUCAUCUCUAUCCUGGGCAUAACGAUUACGGAUGGGGGCUUUCGGGACAUCUACCUGCAGAACAGACAGCCCAAUACCACUACGCAUCUAAUUACGGCUAUUCUGGUAUUAAUGGAUACACACCAUCUCCCGCAUAUGACGCAUAUGGCUAUUCUUCGUAUGGACCUGCUUUUGGAAGAUCAGAAGUAGAAAAUAGCAAAAGUAAGUCAUCCAAAAAGAAACACGAAAGGAAACAUCUCAAAGACUCAUUUCUGAAAAAGAACAACAACGCGUCUAGGAAACGGAGGUCAGCUGAAUUGAGCAAACGUCACCUCCAUCACCAUCAUCGCCAUCAUCAUCACAGCCAACAUCACCGACACAGUCAUCACCAUCGCGGAAGUAAGCGCUUCUACCAUCUCCGUCCCAUAAGUGCUUUUGCUCACCCAGGACACCGCAAACACGUCGUUAUUAUACAUCGACCUCCUCUUAUUUAUCACCCACCCCCUCAAGUAUAUCGACAACCAGAUAUUUUGAUGCGCUUACCACCACUGGUUUACAACAGGCCGGCGAUAAUGUUCCAACAACCACCAACGAUCGUUCACCAUCCUCCGAUAAUUUAUCACCAGCCGCCAGUCGUCUUUCACAACCCGCCCCCGAUAAUUCACACCUCUGUGAUUCACUCCCACGAAAUCUUCACACCGCAUGCACAGCACAUAAUGGUUCCUACGUCGCCUUAUUUGCAUCCUUCUGGGAAUUACUUUGGGUCUGUUGUUCAAGGAACUGCUUACGGUAAAUCGCAUAUAGAACGAAUGAACACCUCCAGUUACAAGAUUGAGUCUGAAACAAAGGAAAGAGGAGACGUACAGAAAACAAAGCCGGACGAAAAAAGAGAGGCAAGCCGUUCACGCACUGAAAAAUUGGUAAAUAAUGAAAACGCAAAGAAACAGAACGUCGGCCUUGUAGUUCAUCAGCCACCAAUAGUAUAUCAUCCACCUCCAGAUAUAUUUGAUAAGCCAACCGUUGUGAUGCAUCCACCUCCAUUGGUCGUACACCGUCCACCUAUUCUUAUCCAUCGAGCUCCUGUUGUAGUGCACAGACCUCCCGUUAUAAUACACAGACCUCCUAUAGUACUGCACCAUCCAACACCCGUGUACCACGUACCACAUCUUUUUCAUCCAAUGAGAUUUGCUUUUGGAAAGUCAUCCAUAGAAAAAGAUAACUCAAAGGUAUCAUUAGAAGACAACUCUGGCAAGGGAGGGCAUAUUGCUAAGAGUACCACGGCAAAAGAGGUCGGUGAAAAAUCUGAGGAUAAAAAAGGCGAAAGGAAGAACCUAGUUGUUGUUCACAGACCGCCAAUGAUUUAUCAUCCGCCACCGGAGAUCUAUGAUCGACCAAACGUAAUAAUGCACCGCCCAGAUAUCGUGGUACAUAGACCAUCAAUAGUGUAUCAUCAACCCUCAGUUGUGAUUCACAGACCUCCAAUAAUUUACCGCCAACCACCGAUUAUAUUUCACCAGCCUCCGCCCAUGAUUAACCAACCAAUUAUGCACGCCCACGACACUUAUCUUGCCCAUCCUAUUCCAGUACCACACACAUCCCAGAUUCAUCACGCAGCAACAUAUGUUGGAGCUCCACACUAUUUCCAUCAUCAGCCGUUCGGUGCAUAUGUUGGUCAUGCGUUUGGAAAAUCAGCUGUUGAAAAGGUAGAGAAUAGAAAGACAAGCAAGGACGAAAAAAACAGCCAGAAGAAAACAAGCAAGAGCGGGGACAAAUUUCAUUCAAAAUUAAAGCGCGACACUCGUGAUGAAGACGAAACAAAAGCAAAAUCGUCAGAAAAAUCGAAAGGACACAAAAAGAACAAAGUUGUUAUAGCUCGGCCACCGAUGAUAUACCAUCCACCAGCCGAGAUAUAUGACAGACCAAACAUAGUUGUUCAUCGACCGGACAUCGUUAUACAUCGUCCCUCGAUUGUUUAUCAUCAACCUUCAGUCGUUGUCCACAGACCUCCAGUUAUAUACCAACAACCUCCAGUAGUCUUUCACCAACCUCCACCGUUAGUUCAUCAGCCGAUUAUGCAUGCUCAUGAUACCUAUGUUGCUCAUCCUGUGCCAGUGCCAUAUUCUUCCCACAUACAGCACACAUCCACCUACGUAGGAAGCCCACACCAUUAUCCUGGUGGAUGGAAUUAUGGCUGGAGCCAGCCUCGCUUUUUCAGUCCCGCCUUUGGUAAAUCAAAAGUACCCAAAACGAGUUCUGAAUCCUUAAAAGGAAAAAAGUCAAAAGAGUCACAGAGAGACAAACAUAAAAGAGCAGCAAAAGAUGACCAAACGAAAAAUGACAAGGAAGUAAAACCAAAAUCAGAGAGAAAGUCUAAAAAGAAAAACCAGGUUGUUAUCCGACGUCCACCACUAAUCUACCAUCCACCGCCAGAGGUAUAUCACAAGCCUGAUGUUGUGAUGCACAGACCAGACAUUGUUAUUCACAGGCCACCAGUUGUUUAUCAUCAACCCUCUGUGGUGGUCCACAGGCCGCCAGUGGUUUAUCAGCAGCCGCCGGUUGUCUUCCACCAGCCAUCACCAACGGUAAGCCAGCCGAUUUUCCACGCUCAUGAUACUUACCUCUCUCAUCCAUACUUUACGCCUUACACAUCAAGCGUGUCUACUGGUGGAAACUACGUCGGUGCACCUCACUUUUAUGGUAGUGGAUGGGGAAUGGGAGGAGAUAUGUAUGGCUUCCACAGUGCGUUUGGUAAAUCAGAUGUAGCCAAGGUUCACAAGAAACAAAAGAAGCAAGGGGACAAGGAGGUGUACAAGGGUAGCAAAAGAACUUUAGAACAAGAAGCAAAGAGCCUGGAAGACGCUGUAAGACUAAAAAACGAAACAAAAACUACCCUUAAUGGAAACAAAAAGAAUCUUGUAAUUAUGCGGCGACCUCCUCUUAUUUACCACCCACCACCAGAAGUUUAUCACAAGCCAGAUGUUGUCAUGCACAGACCGGAUAUCGUUAUUCACAGACCUUCAAUAGUUUUUCAUCAGCCUUCUGUAGUGGUACAUAGACCUCCAGUGAUUUACCAUCAACCUCCUGUUGUCUUCCAUCAGCCGUCACCUAUGGUCCACCAACCAAUCUUCCAUUCACAUGACACCUAUUUGGCGCACCCCCAUUUUGUUCCUUUUGCAUCACACGUUCACCAUACCCAUAGUUACGUAGGCGCACCACACUUCUACCCUGGUGACUGGGGAUGGGAAGGAAGCAACUACGAUUAUGGUUUCCAUCAUGCCUUUGGAAAAUCAAAAGUUGAGAAAGCAGGAAAACAAAAAAACAAGAGCAAAAAUAUCGAACGGGAAAGUGAAGAGAGUAGAAGAACGCUUCACAGAACUGAGGUUCGAAAAAUUAGUGAAAAGGGAAGCAGAGAAGAUAGCUCCAAAGGCAACAAGAAAAAUUUAGUAAUAAUGCACCGUCCACCACUUAUCUAUCACCCUCCUCCAGAAAUAUAUCACAGGCCAGACAUAGUUGUGCACAGACCAGACCUUGUUAUUCACAGGCCCUCAGUUGUUUUCCAUCAACCAUCUGUCGUAGUACACCGUCCACCGGUAAUUUAUCAUCAACCACCAGUUGUUUUUCAUCAACCAUCGCCAAUGGUACAUCAGCCAAUUUUUCACGCUCAUGAGACGUACUUGGCUCAUCCUCACUUCGUGCCCUUCAUGUCACAUUUAUCACACGCUGGUUCUUACGUGGGAGCACCACACUUUUACCCUGGGCAUUUUGGACAUGGUAUUGGACAUUUCAUGGGGCAUGCCUUUUAUAAAUCUAAAGUAGAAAAAGGGUCUAAAAAAGGAUCAGUGGGAACCAUUGAAAGAGGAAAGGAAGGCAAUCAAAUCACCCAUUCGAAAAAGGCUCCCCGAAGCAAAUCCAAACGGGACACAUCUGAAUCUUCAAAGGCUUCAGAAACGCUUCCUAAGUCUACACUCUUGGCGCACAAUAUUAAGGGAGGUACUCAAAGAGCACAAAAGAAACUAAGCGGAAACGCACAAACGAAGAGCGUUUCCCUGCAUCCGCAAAAGGAGGAUAAAAAGCGUCACCGCAAAGGACAUAAAAAGAACAUGGUUGUUAUACAACGUCCAGCUUUGAUUUAUCAUCCACCACCUGAAAUAUACGACAGACCUGAUAUCAUCGUUCACCGACCGGACUUUGUAAUCCAUCAACCAUCAGUUGUGUAUCAUCAGCCAUCUGUUGUUGUCCAUCGUCCUCCAGUUAUCUAUAAUCCACCUCCAGUUGUUUUUCAUCAACCUUCGCCUAUGGUACAUCAGCCAAUGUACACUGCACAUGAUAUUUACCAUAGCCGUCCCUCUUUUGUUCCGUAUUCCUCUCAUAUAAAGCAUACUCAUACGUACGUUGGAGCACCUCAUUACUAUGCUGGGGGAUGGAGGUAUGGUUACGGUUUUUCCAAUAACGCUAUACCCAAUAUGAACAGUUGGCAAAGAUGGAACGCUUUCCAAGGUCCAUGGUAUUCACCUUCACUAUACAGAGCAAACUACGUCGCGCCCACUGCUCCUGUAAAUCGGAGAGUUUUGCCUCGUCCCAACCCUGCCGCAUUCAGCAAAUCCCGUGCAUUCAGCAAGUCUCUUGUUGAGAAACACCUCGACAAAGCCCAAGAACUCAGUAAAACCCACAAAAAGCAUAGCGAAAAAAAACAUAUCAAAAGUCCUCAUCGUGCAGUCAAGAAAGCAGGAAUAAGGAAGCAACGUUCGGUGGAACCCGAUAAAAAUUCAGCAACAACUUAUCAUUCCCUAAAGGAUAAACUUCACAAAAAGGGCCAUCAGAGUGGCAAAGGUGGUAAGAAGAAUCAGGUGGUACUAAGAAGGCCGCCACUUGUAUAUCACCCACCACCAGAGGUGUAUCAUAAACCAGAUAUCAUAGUGCAUCGCCCUGAUAUUGUACUCCACCAACCUUCCGUUGUCUAUCAUCAACCUUCCGUUAUAGUUCAUCGUCCUCCUGUUAUCUAUAAUCAGCCACCAGUAGUAUUUCAUCAACCAGCACCCAUGGUGAGACAACCAAUUUUCCAUGCACAUGAACAAUACAUGGCUCAUCCUGCAUUCGUUCCUUUCACAAGUCAUGUACAACACAGUGGAACCUACUUAGGAGCUCCAAACUUUUUCGGUGGCAGGUGGAAUUAUGGAUACGGCAAUGCUUUCGGGAAAUCGCAUGUGCUCAAAUAUAGAUCUAAGUCAGAAAAACCAAAGAAAAGGCACAGAAAACAGGAAACCAGACCAGAGGGAAAAAAGGGAUAUAUUUUACAUCCUCAAAAGGUAAAAGACGAAAAAGCCUCCAGAAAGAAUGACAUAGUGGUAAGCCGUCCCCCAAUCAUUUAUCAUCCACCACCUGAAAUUUAUCAUAGACCAGACAUCGUAGUUCACAGAGCGCCUAUAGUACUUCAUCGUCCACCUAUAAUCUACCAUCAACCGCCGGUAGUAGUGCAUCGGCCUGCUGUUGUGUAUCAUCAACCACCCAUAGUAUUCCAUCAACCACCUCCCGCAAUUAACCAGCCUAUUCUACACUCUCAUGAUUCAUUUAUUCUCCGUCCUGCAGCCAGAUUCCUUCCUCAAGGCUCAACAGUAACACACAGUAUGAGCUAUGUGGGAAUUCCAAAUCAUGUGAUCCAUGGAGAUGAGCUAGAUUUUCAUCACUUUCAUCGGUCUCACAUUGAACAUUCAGCAAAAGAUAAAUUAAACGGGAAGUCAUCAAAACCACAGAUAACAAAGUCGACAAUCUCGAAAACAACUACAACCAAAACAGAAAACACUGAAACAAUUAUCACCGACCAGACUCAGAAAAAGACUUUGCGAUCAACAAUAAAUCAACACCCACUAACGAAAAGACAGCUCAUGGGCUCUCAUUCACUUUAUGGAUCUGUCUCUCCAAUUAAUGAUGUAGAAGAUUUACACAAGUCCAUUGAACAAAAAGAGAAGAUGUCUAUUAUACCAGGGAACACCUCGAUCCGUGAACAUGAAGUUGCAAAGCGAUCCUACAAACCAAAUUAUGACGUGACAAAGAGACAGUUAAUCUUACCAGAAUCUACCGAUUCAAUACCCUCAGUUUACAAUCAACUUGAGACAGCUGCUCUACAGAAUCAAGCUUUACUGGAAGCGCAGGAGAUACCUAAUCCAAACGGAAUCAACAUGGCGCAUUUGCCUGGUUUUGGCGCUAACUUAAAAGCUAUUCAGGAGCUUGAAGGAUCUCCAGUCGCACCAUCCCGUUUUCCAUUACCAUUACAACAAUACCUGCCCGCAACUCCAAAAGAUGAUUCUCCUGAUGUUCGCGUUCACGUCGAAACGGCAAAAUCCUCUAUACCGCCUAGAAAACGUGGAAAACGUCAGCUCGUUCCACUAUAUCAGCAGCAAGGUCCCGUAAUUCCGAGAGUUCUUUAUCAAGCUCCAAAUCCUGGAAGCGUUGGAGUUAUACACACCACUGCCCCAUCAUCUCUGUACAAUCUCUUCAAUGCAUACCAUCCUGCUUACCACGCCAUGCCAAAUGCACUGAGCUAUUUAUCCAUGGUUCCGCAACUUCCGCAUCGUCCCCAUGUAAAUAUAAAUGUACAGUCUGCAAGGUCUGCAAUACCGAUGCAUAUCCUUGAAAAGCGUUCUAAGGAUUUAAAAUCAAAAAGGCAAAUAUUAGCCCUUACUCCACCAGUCCCAAGAGUUAUGCCCCUUGGAUUUGAUGGAACUGGAAUAAUUCGUAAUUAUCCUACAUACUCGCCUUUUGCAACAAUGUCCCGAUUAUCACCUCCACUUUUGCCAUACCUAAAAUAUGCUGACGACUCCGAUCCGUCCGAACCCGCAUACCCAGAAGCACUACCUUUAUUUCAUCAGUAUCCACAACAAGUGCACAGGUCAUAUAACACAUUACCAGAAGAUGGAAGCAGUGACUCGCUACCACUUAGUCCAUGGGCCUCUUAUCUAGCUGCCCUUUACAAUAGCUUUCUUGGAUAUCCACUUUAUCACCGCCAUCAUAAACCUAAAGUCCGCGUUGAAGUCCAAGCAUCCAAAUCACAUAUACCUAAAGUCUUAAAAACAGAAAACAAGCCCACUGUUCAUUCCCGAGCUCCCAUUACCAAAAGGCAGUUACUAAAUUACAUACCGGAAUCCUCAUUCCCCAUAGGUCACUAUACCUUACCAACAGCUUUAAACUAUGGAGUGGAAGGGAUUCCUUUUCAUCACACACCACGCGUAAACAUCAACGUUGAAACGACAAAGAAGAACGGAAUUCCCGCAGUUAAAGAGAUAAAAAGAUCCAAAAAACGAGGCAGCAUUAAACAUCGCGAAGAGAAUAAAACCGGAGAAAAAAGAGACGAAAUGAUAGAUGGAGAACAAAAUGGCCCAGAAAUGUUCCCGAACCGAGGCAACCCUGAAUUUGCUAACGCUCCAGAAAAUCAGUUUGUUGCAACAAGUGAAACAGCUGAAAGUGAAGAGGGACCCACAUCCAAUAACGAGGGACAGCCUCAAGGUCAGGAAGAAAAUUUUCAGCAGCAAUCUCAAGAAGAAGAGGUCGGAGAAAGGGAAGAUUUACAGCAAAACUCUGGACAGCAACUGUUGUCAUCGCAAGAUCAGCCGGUCAUGGAACCGUCGACAUCGCAACCACAAGACCUGCAAGCAUUUAAUCCACCUUUGCAAUUGCCAGUGCAGCAGCCUCCGCAGUCGGCAUUUCAGGCACCUUUCCAAGCACCAUUUGUGGUUCCUUUUCAAGGUGUACUCCCUAGUGCAUCACCAGUUGCUCCAGCCAUUCCUGUAGCAGAACAGCCAUCUUCUCAACAAGAGACAGAACCUGAAGUUGUUCAACCAAAACAUACUUCCAUUAAUGUUAACGUCGCUGAAAAAUCAACGGUCCCAAAGAAAAGGUCAAAGAAAAGGAAACAUCCACUUCACAAACGUCAGUUUCUACCUACAACUCAAGGAUAUGUUCCCGCCUAUGGAGUUCCUCUUUCUUACAACAGUGGUGCAUCCCUACCUGAAAUAAAAAGGCCACGAGUGUCUAUCAGCGUACAAACAGCUCGGAGAUCAACAACGCAACAGCCCAAUACCAAGCGCGAAAGCAUUUCGCUGUUGACGAGAUUUCCAGCAAUGCAAGUUCUGCCGCAAACGUUUAAACAGAAUGGCGUUAUGAUGCCUGCUUUUAACACCUUACCCAUAAAUCAUAAAAUAAAGGCAAAUGGAAUGUUGAUAGAAGAGUUACAGAGACAGAAAAAGCACAAAAUUCCACAAAGAUCGAGAGGAAUAAAAACGGGAAAAGAUGGCCAAAUAUCACAAAAGGAAAAAUUACGCACGCCACCAAAAAUUCGAUGGGGUCGAAGAAAAGAAAAUGCAAAGAAACGCCAAUUCUAUGCAGUACCGCAAUCACUUUCAGCAGGUCAGCAGUAUCCAUUACUACCUCGUCCAAACCUCCAACCAAGACCUCGUGUUUCAGUGAACGUGGAAGUGUCAAAGAGAAAAAUUGAUUUUCAAAAGGUUAUGUCACAAUCAAGAGAUGUAAAACGUACCCUGGAAGAAACAGAUGGUCCUACAUUUAGCAAAAUAGCAAUGAAGAGACAGGUGUAUGGAAUAGAUCAACCGCCACACAUGGUACACUUUCCGGUUGUUGGUGCACCUAUCCUUACUCAAACUCCCGUAGUCAACCAACGGCCCCGCGUGUCAGUUCACGUGGAAACAGCAAAGAAAAAAUAUAAACUCUCACGCAAAAUAGAUCCUGAAAAAGAAGCUGAGAGAAAAAGAAAAAGACAGAUAUACGGCCUAUCCGAGCUACCACACGAAGGAUUACCUGUUCCCCUUGCCGGUCAAGGAGAAGCUCUUAAUGGAUAUUUUCCCAUCACUGAACACAAUCCACACGUUUCUGUCAACGUUAAGGCAUCAAAGCGAUCGGAUGACGAUGACGAUGUAAUACCUAAGCGGCAGAUACUUGUCCAACCUGUCGAACAAGACCAGGGACAGGUUGCAAUGACUAAUGGAGAGGAAUCAAGUCAAUCGCAGGAGCCGAAUCAAGUCGGUGUAAUACAAUCACCCAGCCAAGAGAAGGAACAAUUUCACUCCUUACCAGCAUUAAUUCAAUCAAACGCAGGCGCGACCGAACCACAACAAGUGGAAGAGUUAUCUCAAGGUGACGCCCAACCUUCUCGGGCUGAUUUAAGCGAAACUGAUUAUGAGCGGCCACGGAUCUCAGUCCAUGUUGAAUCAUCUAAACGAUCAAAAUAUGAAAGAGAACGCAAAUUAAAUCAACCUAUUGGACCAAACUUCCGCACAGCCCCUUGGAAAGGAGCUAAAAGACAACUCCAGCAAAAAGAAAUACAACGCGAAGAUUACGAGCCUGAGCAAGAAGCAAUUGCUGCAAACCCAGGGGAUCUACUCCAAGAACAAAGACCUCGCGUAUCUGUUGACGUCAACGUAGCCAAAAAGAAACACAGUGUUACAAGAAUUUCUUCUUCAAAGAAAAUCAAGUACCAUGGUCACACAGCCAGGGCUAGCAAUCCAGAAAGAAGGCAAAUUAUAGUUCCGUUUGGUGGAGGAAUAAAUGCAAUUCAAGGUAAUCCCGCUCAAAGUACUCAGUUCAUGAUGGGGAAAGACCAGGAAGAAAACAGGCAAGGUGUUCAAGAGGCCUCAAUGCCUCUUCAGUCUCAAGUAGAAGACUCUGAUCAGCAACAACAACAGCAGCAGCAGCCAACGCAACAGAACUUGCAACCAAUCGCAUUUUUACAACGUGAUCAACAACAGCAGCAGCAGCUUCCAGCAUUUCAACAGGCAGUAAUACCAGUUGCUAAUGCCGUGGAGGAGAAAACACGACCAAAAGUUAGCAUCAGUGUUCAGACAGCAAAGUCUUCGAUAUCUAAAAGAAAAGAUCACGCAAGGAGCUUGAAAUCUACAAAGGAGCUGCCUGUGGAUCAAAAGUUAAGACGUCAACUUUUUGGUACUGUCCCCCUUCUUAGUUCGCUGGGACAGUCAACAUUAAAUGGCAUUCCUAAGGAAAAUAGAAGGUCGGAUGUACCACAGUCCACGCAAGAAUUAGUCAAUCAUAUUAAAAAAGGACAGCGUUUAUGGAAACGUCAAUUGUACAACUAUCUAGGAGGUCAACAGGAAACACAAUUUGUGCCCACCCAGUCGCUACAAAGUGCCACUGAUGCUCAACAACCGAGGCAAGCGCUACAAAUACAGCCCAUUCAAACAGUUACGCAAGAUGACGGGGCACAACUUUCACCAUUCAAUCUACCACAAGCCUCUCUGUUACAGAUAAGUAAUCAAGGCUCUUCACAGACGUACCCAACCCAGCUAGAGGCCCCAGAGAGCACUGAACAGGCUUCAACGACGCCUAUUCAACCAGUCGAGUCUUCUUCUAACCUAGUCAGACCAUUUCAGAGUCCUCACGUUAGCAUUAAUGUACAAACUGCUAAAUCAAACGUACCAAGCCCACAUAAAUUGCACCACGAUCAUGGAUUAAAAGCUAACGCAAGGAAUUCAAAAGGAAAGAAAUUCAAGAGACAGUUGGAUCUUCUCGGCGGUGGACUGAUUGAAAGGAGACGUGGCCCAAAAGUGUUGGGAGGACUUAAAAAACCAAGACCAGAGAACCUUUUCGGCUUAGGUAACAAUCUAAACAAGCCCGUCGAGGUGUUCACGGAUCCAAUCUCUAACCUAAUUGGCGGUGGAGGUGCCGGAAGGAAGACACCGAAGCUUGGAGGGAUACGUUUGGACAGCCCCACAGGCGUUGGAGCCCUUCCUCUUAAGGGAGCUGCCACUGCCUUAGAGAGUGCACUUCCUCCUGAAUUGGGUGCAUCGAAUAUACUUCAAGACAGCCCAACAGAGGCAGUUUCCCCGUUUACCCAGGAAACUAGAAUUGCUAAUGAGCCCUUGUUUCGUCCACCAAGUGGAAUAGCAGGACCUCAACUAGACACAGUAGAGAGAGAAGGCGAUAGAGCAAAUGAAAUUCCAUUAAAUGACAUGCCGUCCAUACGACCAGCAGUACUCCCUCUACCAUCGAUCAAUCGGGUCUUCCUUCCAAAUUUAGCGGUUCCACCGGCAGCGCCGCCUCAGGUGAAUCCACUGCUUCUGACUCCAAGAGUGUUUCCAAUAGGGCCCUUACUUCCCUUACCAUCACCUGCACCAGUACCACCAAUGGAAGAGACAGAACCCACAGAGGUUCCACAGGCCCCUCCUCGCUUCGCACCCAUCUUUCCACCCAUUUUCCCCCUGCCAGAUCCCGGUAUCGCGCCGAAUCCUGCCUUAACUGCCCCAAACAGUUUGCUUCCUGAACCAGGAGAUGAUAAACCAUCAGUGCAUGUUAAUGUGGAAACAUCUAGAUCAAGUGUUCCUGAAACGAACCGUCACUACAAACAGCAUGCAAACAGCCCAGCCAAACGUGGCUAGGCUGAGAGAGAAAAUAGUGAUCGAGGUAUGAUCAGUUGUUAAGUGAUUUUCGAAUAAAAUAACCGAAAUGGUGAUUAACGUAGCCACCUUUAGAGCAAUAUAAUAAUAAACGGGACAGUAAAGUAACGUUACACAGAACGGAUAUGUUACGAAACUAAACUCGUGUUGAAUUACACUAUCUCCUAUUUAAUGUUAUAAUGUUAUGUCUAAAAAGAAAUUAAUCAAUACAUCAGGUGAGAUCAUGAGCUGCAAUUUUACAGCUCGUUUAUCUUACGCCAAAAUAACCAGACAAUUCUAAUAUCUUCCAAUAUCUUCCAAAAGAAUAAAUAACUUAAUAAGUAAUAACAGAACUCUGUUACAAUAAUACAAGGACACAUGGACAACUCGUUCUAAUCCAUGAAAUAAAUUUACUUAGUUCUCCUAAUUUGAUUUCCAUUCCCUCCUUAGGGCUUGGUGUGGAUCUUCACAAAAAAAUUCAACCAGAAGAAAAAAGGAAGAAAACGUCAAGGGACUGUUUCAAAGGCUACGAAAGCCUGGAAAUAUGUAGAUACUUUCAGCAAUCUUAUCAUGAUUCCUAGCCCGUUACAAAAUUGUUCAUCUCUUUGUUUGAAAGUGGCCAAAAAUUGGACAAACAUAGCUAAACAAAAGUCUAGCUGACCAAGACUUGAACUUGAAUUAAACAAUUUGGAAAUACAUGCAUGAUUCAAAAUUUCCUGCGUUCUAUAAGAAGCAAAGAACAAAUAUUGGUCUGAGCCGUGAUCAAUAAAGCUAUCGGCUUAAAAUACUUGUUUUUUGUGCUGCAUCAACAUACAGUUGACUAUUAAAGUUGACAGUUUCAACAUUAGCGCAUUCUUUCUAAGAAAGCAUAUUGAUUUCGAAACACCACAUGUGUAAUGCUUUUCUGAUGUCACUGCUUGUUGAGUUAAAAUCGAGCUUCAAAGUUUUUCUUAAAAGCCAUUUUGCAUGAAACGGUUCGUUUGUUCUCGCGUAAAACACCUACAGUACCAGAAACAAACACUCACUCACACACACACACACACACACCAAAGAAGAAGUACUUACAGUAAGUAGCGCCAACUGUAUUCUAUGUAUGAACUUUGAGCAACCAACAGUCUCGUGCAAGUUGACUUUUAUAUUAAAAAUUAAGAUUUGAACCAGAAAGAUUAUAGCUACCUAAGUUAACAAACAUCAUUUUAUUCACUUUGAUAUCCUGGGAUUCAAAGCCACUUAAUGCCAGACAGGGCGUUAACUGCAAUAUUGUUCAAUUAGCAUGUAUGGUAAUAGCUCUCAGAUCUUUUUUUUGUUCAAGUGGCGAGCAAGUAUCCCCGCACAUAGAAUUAAACAAGUCAUGGAGUAUGAGAGACAUUUUCUAUGAAUAAACACG